CUUAAAAAUGACAUCUUCUUCAUCAUCAUCACUCAAGCUCGAAAUGACAACACCGGGCGUGGCAGUAAUCACAGGUGCAUCAUCCGGCAUCGGUCGUGCAACGGCGAUCGCAUUGGCCGAAGCAGGUUGGACGUGUGUGUUAAGUGGAAGACGUGAAGACGAAUUAAAAGAAACUGCAAAAAUGAUUGAAAAGGCAACAGAAGCAGAAGGGAAAACAUUGAUCGUUUCAGGUGAUUUGACGCAACCGGGAGCGUCAGAAAAAGUGUUUGAAUCUGCAUUCAACACGUUUGGAAGGAUUGACCUUUUAUUCAAUAAUGCCGGUAUUGCUCAACCGAAUGGACCGAUUGAUGAAAUUGAUUUUGAGGCUUUUCAAAAGUUGUUGCAUAUCAACAUUAGCGUUCCGUUUGAAUGUACAAGCUUAGCGUUCAAGUAUAUGAAAAAGCAAAACCCACAAGGAGGUAGAAUCAUCAACAAUGGAUCUAUUUCAUCCAUGUCACCUCGUCCAAAUUCUGCACCUUAUACAUUGUCAAAACACGCAAUCACAGGAUUGACAAAAUCAACCGCUUUGGAUGGACGUCAAUAUCGUAUCGCAUGUACACAAAUUGAUAUCGGUAAUGCGAUCAGCUCAUUAAGUGCAUCGAUUGGAACAGGCCAUCCGCAAGCAGAUGGAUCGAUCAAAAAGGAAGAUAUGAUGGACGUUCGUUAUGCAGCACAAUCUGUUGUUUAUCUUGCAAGCUUACCGUUAGAAGUUAACGUUCUCAAUCAAACGAUCAUGGCGACUAAUAUGCCAUUCGUUGGUCGUGGCUGAAGAUGCCAUGCUUAUAUUUACCUUUGUAUAGUGAUGAAAUGACAUAAUCAAAAC